AAUUCUUGAAAUGAUGGCGACUAUCUACGCUUCAAAGAGUUAUGAAUUUGCCAAAUCGGCAACAGCACCUCUCUUCGCAGGCACCUUCGGACCUUCGGUUUGAAUCUGGUUUUGUUGAACCUUAUGUGCUGGUUUCUUUGGAGUAUUGAUCGAAGCAAAAAGAGUGCCUUGAAAGUCGGCUGUGGUACCCUCGGAGGAUAUGUCCUAAUAGAGGGCAAAGUCAUGGGGCUAACUAGCCACCAUGUGGCGAGGCCGCCCCCUUCCAAGAAGCACAAAACCGAGGGCAGUGAGCCCUAUAGGACCAGUGCACAGGACCAAGUACGUGACUUGGGCAUUCGUCGAGUUCGCUGCUAGAUGCCCUCCAGAUGUCCAGAAAGACACAAGAAUUGUUGCGGUCUGUGGAAUACCGGAUUUUGGGGCGGCCUCCAAUGGACCUCAAUAGCGUAUCAAACCGCCACCGAAAAUUCCAAAACACCGAUCUCACGCCAACCGUGAUAAUCUUCGUUAGGUCAGGCUCAAGGCAUAUUUGGUCACAAGUCGAGGAGGAGAUAAGGAAAGAGAUUGUAUCAGUCAGCGUCCCAGAUGAUGUUGAAGUCAAUGUUGAGAUACUGCUCCACAGGAUGAUGGAUGGUUCUUUUCGGACUUUUUCUUAUUUUAUCAGAUGCUACAGCAGAUGAGGCAUCUACCGGCGUCUCGUAUACCUUUCUUCAACCAGCCGAGGUCGAUCUUGAAACCCGAAUCAACUACUUCGAGAGCCG